CUCUCUCUCUCUCUCUCUAUCUCUUUCCCUCUGUUUCUGUUUCCUUUUUCUUUUUUAUCAAUAUCCUUUUUUUUUUUUGCUUUCAUUCUUCAAAUUCUUCAAAGAUUCCAUACAUAUUUCUGGUCCCCCCACCCCACCAUUCCCACAAUCAUCUCCUUUUUAACCUUACUUUGUUUUUUUGUUGAAGGGCUUGGAAAUGUUAAUAAUAGAAUAUUAAUAUUCUGCUUUUUGUAAUUUUCUCAAAUCCAAAUUAAACAUCAUCAUAUCAUUUUGGGCUGAGAGAGAGAGAGAGAGUUAAUUGUUUUCAAAAUGGAGAAGUGGGUUGAAUUGAAAUUGAAGAGAAAGAGGUAACAAAAGAAACAAGAUUUGUUAAAGGGUUACAAGUUUUUCUUUUGGGGUCUGGGUCUGGGUCUGGGUCUAGGUCAGUAGUCAGUUGGUGGUGGAGGUGGUGGUGGGUCUUUGUUCAUAUCAUCAUCUUAGCCUUGACUCCAUAAUCAACCAGGUUUCCAGGAAUUCAACUAUAGCCAACAACUUGAUUGCAGGCUGUCUAGACCUGUAGCCAAAGUGUUUAAAACAUGGCUGGGAUUGAUGAUAAUGUUGCUAUAAUUGGGGAUUGGGUGCCUCCCACUCCAAGCCCAAGAGCAUUUUUCUCUGCAAUUUUAGGUGAUGAUAGAACUGAAGGGCUUAUGCUGGGACCAAAAGAACCGGGAACAGCAAGAAAUACUGACAAAAAGGAUGUGACACAAACUGCUGGUGCUCAGUUUACAGAACUAGCUUCAUUUUCUGAGCAGAAAUCCAGUUCACGAGGUGGUCUUGUAGAAAGAAUGGCAGCCAGAGCUGGGUUUAAUGCUCCAAGGUUGAAUACAGAAAGCAUAAGGUCGGGUGACCUUUCACUUAACCCUGAGAUUCGAUCUCCUUACCUAACAAUCCCACCUGGUCUCAGUCCAACAACCUUGUUAGAUUCUCCAGUAUUCCUUUCAAAUUCUUUGGCACAGCCAUCUCCAACAACUGGAAAAUUCUCAUUUGUCCCCAAUGCUAACGGUAACAGGUCUAUGUUGAUGUCUGAACCUACUGAUAAAAGUAAAGAUAAUUUCUUUGAGGACAUCAAUGCAUCUUCAUUUGCAUUCAAGCCAGUUCCAGACUCCGGAUCUUCUUUUUUCCUUGGUGCAACAAACAGAAUAACUUCGGUCAUUCUUCUGCAGCAAUCCUUUCCCAGCAUUGAGGUCUCAGUUCAGUCUAAGAAUUUUCUCCAGUCUCAUGGUAUAGAAUCAGCCAAAGUCCAAUCUGAGAACAGGAGCAACACACUCCAAUUUCCAGUGGAUUUCUCCAGAGCAACAACUGAGAAAGGUGAUAGAGCUAACAGUAUGAGGACAGAAAGGAGGGUCUUUGAUACUGUUGGUGGCAGUGCUGAACAUUCUCCACCUCUUGAUGAGCAACAAGAUGAAGAAGGCGAUCAACGAGCUAGUGCAGAGUACAUGGCAGGCAGUGGUGGCACACCAUCCGAGGAUGGAUAUAACUGGAGAAAAUAUGGACAGAAACAAGUUAAGGGCAGUGAGUACCCACGGAGUUAUUACAAAUGCACACAUCCAAAUUGCCCAGUUAAGAAGAAAGUAGAACGGUCUCAUGAGGGCCACAUAACAGAGAUCAUAUACAAGGGAGCUCACAACCAUCCCAAACCUCCACCUAAUCGACGGUCAGCCAUUGGAUCAUCAAAUCCAAUCAUGGAUAUGCAACUAGAUGUCCCUGAGCAAACUGGACUACAGAAUGGUACAGAAAAUGACCCUGUUUGGGCAAGUCAACAAAAGGGAACUGCUACUGGAACACCUGAUUGGAGGCAUGACAAUGUUGAGGUCACAUCUUCAGCAUCUGUAGGCCCUGAAUUUGGCAAUCACUCUUCUGCAGUGCAGGCUCUGAAUGGCACUAACUUUGAAUCAGGUGAUGCUAUUGAUGCCUCGUCAACAUUUUCUAAUGAUGAAGAUGAAGAUGAUCGGGCUACACAUGGAAGUGUAGGUUAUGAUGGUGAAGGAGAUGAAUCUGAGUCAAAGAGAAGGAAGAUUGAAACAUACCCCACAGACAUUGCAGGAGCUACCAGAGCUAUUCGAGAGCCUAGAGUUGUGGUCCAGACUACCAGUGAGGUGGAUAUCCUGGACGAUGGAUAUCGCUGGCGCAAGUAUGGGCAGAAAGUCGUGAAAGGAAAUCCAAAUCCCAGGAGUUAUUACAAGUGUACUAAUGCAGGCUGCACAGUGAGGAAGCAUGUGGAAAGGGCAUCACAUGACCUUAAGUCAGUGAUCACUACAUAUGAGGGAAAACACAAUCAUGAUGUUCCUGCUGCUCGCAAUAGCAGCCAUGUUAAUUCUGGCUCAUCUAAUACGGUAAACACACAAGGCGGUACAGCUGGUCAAACCCAUGUUCACAGGCCAGAGCCAGCACAAGUUCCCAACAGCAUGACAAGGUUUGAGAGGUCUGCUGCAUAUGGAUCCUUCAGCCUUCCUGGAAGACAGCAGCUGGGUCCUACACAUAGCUUCUCAUUUGGAAUGAAUCAACCUGGCCUGGCUAAUCUGGCAAUGGCUGGAUUGGGUCCUGGCCAACCCAAGAUGCCCGUGAUGUCUGUUCACCCCUACUUAGCACAGCAACGUCCGAUGAGCGAAAUGGGGUUCAUGCUGCCCAAAGGAGAACCAAAGAUGGAGCCCAUGUCUGAACCUAGUCUGAAUCUAUCCAACAAUCCAUCAGUUUAUCAGCAGUUCAUGAAUAGGCUGCCGCUUGGACCGCAAAUGUAAAUUCUUUUCCUUUUUUAUAUUCAAACAUUUAUAAUUUAUUGGUAUUAUUUAUUGUAUUUUGUCAGAAAAUAGAAAAAGGAAAUUUACUUCUUUAUACAUAGACUGGCAUUUCAUCA